ACGCACGGCGUUCACCAGUUCGCAGUGAAGAGAAAGAGGGAGAAGAAACGAAGAGAGAAGCAAGAAGAAGAAACCAAAUCCUUCCCUUCCGCGAUGGCUCUUCUCAAUCUCUCCUCCUCCUCCUCCUCUCCUUCCACCUCCCUCCCCCUCCGAGCCCCCUUCGCCGCGCCCUUCCCUAAGCACGCCGCCUUUGCUCUCCGCGCUUGGCGUCCACGGUCCAACCUCGCCUACUUCUGCUCGUCUAUACGAACGAAGGCGACGCUCACCAUCGACUCUCCCUCCACUGGCGGCGCCUCCUUCCCCGACGGCCCCCCGAGGGUUCUAUUGGAGGUUAAGGAUUUGAAGGCCGUCGUCAGGGAAUCGGGGCAGGAGAUCCUGCGGGGUGUUAGCCUCACCAUCAGCGAGGGCGAGAUUCACGCGAUUAUGGGGAAGAAUGGAUCAGGCAAGAGCACGUUCUCCAAGGUUCUUGUUGGACAUCCAGAUUAUGAAGUAACGGAAGGUAGGGUUCUAUUCAAGGACCAGAAUUUACUUGACAUGGAACCGGAAGAAAGGUCCCAUGUUGGCAUUUUCAUGAGUUUUCAGAGUCCUGUGGAGAUACCAGGUGUAAGCAACUUCGACUUUCUGCUUAUGGCAUUCAAUGCUCGAAGAAAAAGCCAAGGGCUACCACCAGUAGAACCUCUUGAGUUCUACAGUUUGGUGACUCCUAAAGUUGCUGCCUUGAAUAUGAACCCAAAAUUUCUGGACAGAAAUGUAAAUGAAGGCUUCAGUGGCGGUGAAAAGAAACGGAAUGAAAUUCUGCAACUUGCAGUUCUACAAGCAGAUUUGGCUAUUCUCGAUGAAAUAGAUUCAGGGUUAGAUGUUGAUGCACUUCAAGACGUAGCAAAAGCAGUUAACGGACUAUUAACACCAAGUAAUUCCGUGUUGAUGAUCACACAUUAUCAACGCCUCCUGGAUUACAUCAAUCCCAACUAUGUCCAUAUAAUGGAAAACGGCAGGAUUAUAAAGACGGGUGAUGUUUCACUCGCAAAACUUCUCGAGAGGGAGGGCUAUAGAGGGAUCUAUGGCGCAUAACUCAAAACCCGCUUCGAAAAAUCACGGGGUCUGAUUCAUCCCAAGCUUGUCGUUGCGACCACACAUUCGCAUUCCUCAGACAACUCCAUGAGGUCGAUCUUUGUACUUCAUCUACAUAUUUAGUUUAAAUUUUGGUAUUUUCAAUAAGGUGGUUUUGAAAAUGUCUUCUUGUUAAGUUUAGUUGGUGCUUACUGGAUAUUACCGUUAAUUUAGCUGAGAAAUUUAUUAAUUUCAAAUUAAA